UUCUCUGGAACGGAAGCCGUAAACCAGCAACAACAAUGUUUACAUAUCAGUGCAAUCAAGUGCAUACCGUUGUGUGUUGAAUUUCCACCCACUCCCACCACGGGGCCGGACGGAAGUGGGAACGGAAGGGCAGGUCGUCCCCGAGGGAGCGCAAAACGACGUACAAGAGGAUUGUGUUGUUUUAGGUGGAAAAAUUAGUGUCAGCAGAAAGAUUGGUGUGUUUGUGCGUGUGGGUGUGCGUGUGUUUAGUCCAAACAUUGGCGGAGCAAACGGGGUGGAUGUUUGUUUAUACGGCCGCUACCAAUAGCUAAUAGUUACCAAGAAUUUGAUAAGAACUUACACGCUCCUCGGUGCUUCCAUGUGAAUUCCACACUAUCAACCCCUCUCCCCGCCGUAUUCAAAGAUGGGCCGUAGCAGCAAAUCUGCGCUGCAGUUGUGCCAGUGUUAGCGACGGAAUGUGUGUCUGCUGCCCCAGCUCAUAGAUAUCCCACCGACGCCUGGCAGCGCAAGAGGGGCGGCACAGUGUGGCACGGGUUUGUCGAUAUCCCGAAUGAACUAUUUAUUGUAGAAAUUUGUAAGACAAAACCCUUGUCGUCAUGUUCGGGAAAAGCUCCAGCAGGAGGAGCAGGUUCGGCAGGAGGCAGUAAAACACUUCCGCCAGCAACUGUAGUGGCAGCGCGCGCCACCUUUGAUGAAAUUAAUUAUUUGUCUACGCAACAGCACAGGCAACACGCAGCGCAGCGUCACGAAAGCUUCUUCCCAUGCGGAGACGCCGGAUGCUGUAGGCGGCGGGUGGAGAAGGUCGUAAUUAGUCACGACGACUUACACCUUCCCGGUGGAGAUGAGCCACUUACUGUCACCGCGAACCACCUGCACCGCCACACACGGUAGAACACCUCCCACUACUAUCGGCCCUACGAUACACGAUGAUGCAUCGCCACCACGACCGCGGCGAUCAAAGCAGGCGCACGAAUGGAGAAGCAAAUGGAAGCGAAUAGAGCAGAAGGCGAGGACAGCGAAGACGACAAAAACAAUGGGCCAUCAGCGGGUCGGGCGAAAAAUGCAUACGAUGGUGUGGCUGGUGGUGCUGGUGCAGCUGCUACUGCCGUACGUGCACGUCGGGCUAACGCUGGCCAAACUGCAAACGGCAAGACAAUCGUGCGACAAAACGCGUCGAAUAUUCACCCAAUCGUACGGGGAGAUCAGCGACGGUCCGGCCGGUUCUAAUUACACGCAGGACUCUCACUGCGAGUGGUUGAUAAGGGCGCAAAAUGAUAGUCAAUUUAUAACGCUCAAAUUCCGCAGCAUGGGCACCGAGUGCUCGUACGAUUAUAUCUUCAUCUACGAUGGCGACUCGUUCCGGUCUCCGCUGCUGGGUAGCUUUAGUGGCAACACGGAACCGCAGCACGUGAUCGCUAGCUCGGGCAGUAUGCUAAUUUUACUGUACAGCGACACAAACUACGUGCUGGAGGGCUUUCGGGCAGAGUUUUCCGUUACCAACUGUCCGAACAAUUGUACCGGGAAUGGGCGAUGCGUGGACCAUGUGUGCGUAUGCGAUCGAGGGUGGAUUGGAAGCGAUUGCAGCCUGGAUGCGUGUCCCGAUCGGUGUGGAGUGGGCGAAAGUCGGGGGACCUGUGCCGGUGAUCGUUGUGAAUGUUCGAAGGAUUACCUGGGACAGUCGUGCGGACUACAUCGCUCCAACCCUGCGCCGAAAGAGUGGCAUUGGCUUUCCAACUCCAAAAACGGAUUGCCGCCAAGGGCGGCACAUACCGCCAUUUAUUACGAACCGGCCGACGCACUGUACGUGUUCGGGGGAUACAAUCUGAACGAGGUGUUUGACAGUAUGUACGUGUUUCGGUUCGAGCGCAACCAGUGGGAGGAUGAGUGGGGUAUUCGGGUGGACCAGAACCACACCGAACCGUCGUCCGAGGAGGAAAAGCUGCUCCGUCGGACACAGUUCCUGGAGGAGGAAUCAGAACGUCUUUCCCGGGAGCCAAACUUCCUGAGCAAUGUUAUCUAUACACUGUCGGACAACCGGACGGGAAUUGGGUACGGUGAAGGACUCUCGAAUGGAUCGCGGCCGACAGGCCGGUACGGCCAUGCAGCGGCCGCCGUCACCGAUGGGUUCGUAAUUUUCGGUGGAAAGCUUGCCAGCGGUGAGCUCGCCAACGACCUAUGGCUGUACAACGUGUCCCACAACGGGGGCAGUUGGUUCGAGCGGGCAACGGACUCCUCGAUACGACCGCCAGCCCUUACCCGCCACACGCUAACUCUUGCCGGAGAGUUUCUGUACGUGUUUGGCGGUGCGAUGGAGGACGGUGAAUUCUCGUCCAAGCUGUUCCGGAUACGGCUCGUGCCGAACGCGCCGGAGGAGGACGCAUGGGAAGAGGUGAUACCGCGCGGUGGCAAAUCGCUCGACGUGCGGAUGGUGGCGCACACGACGUCCUACCAGCGCGCAACGCACUCGCUCAUCGUGUACGGUGGACUGGUGGCGAAUGUGGCCCGCUUUUCGCGCCUUUCCGAGCGAAUGUUUGCGUUUCAGCUGGACCACAAGCACUGGGCGGAGCUGCAGUACCCGCGGACCGCACUGCACGAUGGGUAUGCACCGCGCGAGCGGGCGUUCCACACGACGAAUAUUAUCGGCAACUAUCUGCUCGUGUUCGGCGGGUACUCGCACAAGCACAACAAGGAGGAAAUAUGCUACGAUAAUCAGAUGUAUCUGUACCAUCUCGGAUGCCACAGUUGGAUCAAUCCGGAAGUGCUGGGGCCUGGUCCGGGGAGUAAGUUUCGGUAUCCGAAGAAGCAGGGAGUGUUUGCACAUGCUGCAGCGGUGCGACGAGGCAACACGCUGCUCGUCGUCGGUGGUUACCAUGGCAAUGUGAAUGGGGAUCUGCUUGCGUACACGCUGCCGUUGAUGCUGGUGGUGCACGAUGAUGUGGCGUUUGCACCGGAAGCGGCCUGUCCCCGGCACACAUCGUUCAACGAGUGUUUGGCGGAUCUGGAGUGUGGCUGGUGCUCGGCGGACAGUGUAUGCUAUGGCAGGACGAUUGGCGCGAACUGUACCACCAACCUGCAGACAACGCGCUGCAAGGGCAUCUGUUCGGUGUUGGGCGAUUGUCACUCGUGCCUGGUGCACGGUACGUCCACGCUGGAUGAGGGUGGCGAACGGGUACGGAAAGGUGGACAGCAUCUGCUGCACAUGCAGUCGAUUGCGCACAAGCUUGGACUCGAUCGGUGCACCUGGUGCGUGCAGAACGCUCGCUGCCAUCACAAGGACGACAAUUACGGCGUGUGCGGGGAGGACACACCGUCCCAGAAGCCGGGCUGGUGGGGCUCCAAAGGGACGGAGGUGACAAAGCCGAACGAGUGUACGUCGCAGGACAAGCGGCCGGGACUGACCUUUCUGAAGUAUCUCCAUCCGAUGAACGUGUCCAUGCCGGAUGCGGUGAUGAUCGUGAACGCGACCAUGGCCGAUUUUACCUCCCCACCCACAAACACACCGACGGAACAGCAGCUCGGUGGGCAGGUGGUGGCCCGACUGCUUGGCUUCAUUCGCUUCCCCCCGAUGACGGAUCAGUCGAUGGCGCUGCUGCAAGCGUGUGUUAGUCAUGCGGAUGCGGUUCUACGCACUGUACAGGUGUUGUCACAGACACGCCGCAAAGCGGAUCACUCUGCCAAUGCACCCCUCACGACGCUUGCGCUGGAUACGAUGGUAUCGACGAACAUCACCGCGAACGAAAGCGUUUGCGGCAUGGUGAAGUGGACGGAUCGAGCCAACAUACUGGUCGACUUUCAGGCCCAGCGAAACAGCCGGACGGCGGGCGGGUAUUACGGUGGAUCGGGCGCCCAUCAUCAUCACCACCACGGCCAUCAUCCGGAUUUGAGCAAGAUGAGUCUGCAGCACUUCUACGGCGGAGUGUUGCAAGCGUUCACAUUCGAAUUUCUCGAACCGUACGCCAACGGGACGGCGUGCGGAGCGUACAGCAACUGUCUGGAGUGUCUGUCCGACUCGUCGUGCGGUUGGUGUGAGCUUACGAGCAGCUGCUUGUCGCGCAAGGCGAACGAAUCGGAAUCCUGCCGGAGGGGUUUGAACUGGCGCUAUCUAACGAUCCAGCCGGCACACUGCUCGAACUGCUCGAAUUUUGUGUCCUGCGAACAGUGUAUUGGACACUCGGGUAAUCAGUGCGAAUGGUGGACGGAGGAUGCGACCUGUGCGCGGAAGGGACGGUCGGAGGCGGCCGUACGAACGCUUGACCAGUGUCCCGUGCCGUGCUACCUGCGGACGGAUUGUUCCUCCUGUCUGAACGAUCGUGGCCGGUGCGUGUGGUGUGAAGCGACGAGUCAGUGUUUCUCCUUCUCGGUGUACACGAGCGAGUAUCAGUUCGGGAUGUGCCGGGAGUGGCUCGACCAAACGCUUCCGCUCGGUGGACCGCCGACAGUAGAGCAGGACGGGACGAGUGUACCGAUGGUGCAGCAGUGCAAGUCGUGCGCGAGCUAUCAGAACUGUUCGUACUGUUUGCGCUCGCUUAGCUGUGGCUGGUGCUACGACACGGACAACCCUAUCAACGGUGUGUGCAUGCAGGGUGACUUUAACCGGUCGGCGCAGGGGAUGUGCGAAAGGGGACAGCUGCUGUUGCUGGGCGCGACGAACGCCACGGAGGAGCAACCGGUACGGACGAGCUGGGCGUACGCCCAGUGCCCGGAUGUGGAUGAGUGUGAGCUGCGACUGCACGACUGCCACGAGCAGGCGGAGUGUAGCAACACGCACGGCUCGUACAGCUGCAAGUGCCGCAAAGGGUUCGUCGGCGAUGGGGUGCGCUACUGCCGGCAGACCUGUUACGAAACGUGCGUCCAUGGUCAUUGCUCGGGCGCGCCCGACUUUCGGUGUGUGUGCGAUCUCGGCUGGACCGGUGUCGGGUGCAGUGUGAACUGUGCGUGCAAUAAUCACUCCACCUGCCUGCAGGGUGUGGGCCGGUGCGAUCGGUGCCUGAACUGGACGGAGGGAGAGUUCUGCGAGCGGUGCAGCCCGGGCAGCUUUGGCAAUGCGACGACCGAGGCCGGCUGCCAGCGGUGUGACUGCAACGGGCACGGGAAUGUGGCGCUCGGCAUCUGCGACGCGAAGACGGGCGAGUGCUACUGUCAGGAUUACACCGAGGGUUUGCGGUGCGAGAUGUGCAAUCGGAACUUUUACGGCGAUCCGAAGGACGGCGGCCAGUGCUACCACCAGUGUGCAUCGCGUGGCGUACUGACGCAGGUCGGUACGCAGGGACUGGGCUCGUUUCAGUCGUACCGGUCGAGCUGGAGUGGGCAGGAAACGCGCGAAUGUCUCUGGAUCGUGAGUCCACAGGGGCGUGGUAGUGGUGGUGGAGCAGCAGGAGGAGCGGGAGGAACCACCGCUCUGUCGACCGAGCUGCGCAACGCGAUUAUACAGAUCGAGAUCGAACCGGAGCGCAUGAACGUGACGUGCGGAGAGAAUGCGGUGUACGUGUACGACGGACUGCCCGAUUUGACGGGUGUCGCGCAGCAGAAGCAGCUGAUUGCGGUGUUUUGCAGCGAGGAGCGUGGCUCGUGGAUCGCCGAAGCACGCUCCGGCCAUUUGACCGUCCACUUUAAGAAGGGGCCCUCGCCGGAGCAGGGCUUCAACGCGAUCUACUCCGUGCUGAGCUGUGCCGCGGCGAGCUGUCAGCGGCCGUACCUCUGCUCGGACGACGGGCGGUGCGUGUGUCCGAAGGGGUUCACCGGGCCGCGCUGCAUGAUGCGCAUCUGUCCGUCGGAUUGUAAUGAGGAGAGCAAGCGCGGCACGUGUGACAAUGGGUACGGGCGGUGUAUCUGUGCGCCCGGGUACGGUGGGGACGAUUGCUCGUUGGUCGUGAAGCCGUCGAGCGUUGUGUUUACGGAGCUGUUCAACUCGUACCUGGUGUCGGAUAGCUUUGAGCAUUUGCGCAAGACGCUGCCAAGGUUCGGCCACUCGCUGGUUGCCGAUCGGCGGGGAUCGUUGUGGAUGUUUGGCGGAUACUCGCUAUCGCACGGACCGCUGAACGACAUUCGUCAGUUUGAUACGAAGAACAACACCUGGAUGCAGGUAACCGUUGACUCCAGUCCAGAGGAUCGCAUGCCACAGGGUCGCUACUACCACGCGGCGGACAUCAUUGGUAGUCGACAGGCGAUCUACGUGUACGGAGGACUAUCCCGCAACGGCACACUGGAUGAUCUGUGGCAGUUUGCCCUCCAGACACAGCGCUGGAGCUUAGUAGUACCACAGAACGCAACACGCCCUCCAGCACUUGCCGGACACACCCUAACGGCGAUUGGACGCGAAGAACUACUUUUGCUGAUCGGUGGCUACUCCAUCAGCGAUCGUGGCGGCGGUCUGCAAAGCUCCGUGUGGUUGUUUAACGUUGCAACUGGCAUCUGGUCCGUUAUGACCACGCACGGCUCAUCGCCACGCGGAAUCUACGGCCAUACGGCCGUCUAUCAUGCGCAAAGCUCAGCCGUGUACGUGUAUGGCGGCGUACGCAUCGGCGACAGUGGCAAUCUCGCCGUCUCGAAGCGACUGUACGCGUUCAGCAUUCCUACGCGCCGCUGGACGGAGCUACCGUCCUUCAUCCAUCACGGACCGGACUAUGUGCCGCCGGCCCGCUAUCUCCAUUCCGCGGUAGCAACCGAACACUACAUGCUGGUGUUUGGUGGACGUGUCGCGGGCAACGGUACGGUAUCGCUAGCCCGCGAGGAGGUGAUGGUGGCGUACGUGUACCGCUGCAAUCAGUGGAUCCGGCUGGCGAAGGAUGCGGAAAAGGUGGGCGGCAGCUACGGGCAUACGUACGCGCAAGCGAUGGCACAGGACCCGGACGGUGGCUCGAUUUAUGUAGUGGCCGGCUGGGACGGAAGCAACCACUGCCGGGUGACGCGCAUCGAUCUGCCGGCGGACAUGUGUGAGCUGUGGAGCGGUUCGAAGUACUUCUGCCGGCAGUACUCGGGCUGUAGCUUCUGCUCGGUGAAGGGCAUGCCGGGCGAGCCGGCGUCACACUGCUACUCGGCCGGCGGAUCGUACCAUGCCUGCGAGGGGUACAAUGGGACGAUCUCGUUCAACAGUGGCACGUCGUGCGACAGCGAGUGGAUUGGUCGGCGGACGUGUGCGUCGUUCAUUACCUGCUCGUCGUGUUUGGCCACGUACCCGUGGCACGGUGAGCAGGAGUCACCGUGCAAGUGGUGCCCGGACUGUCAUCCAACGUUUAGCUGCGUGGACCGGACGGCUGACUGUGGCAUGUACAAUGGGUGCAUCGCCAACCAGACGGCCAUUCUGCAGGACGAGUGUCCGGUGGGGACGGCUGGUGGACGCUCCUGCUUGGCGGAUGAUUGCGAGGCGUGUCUUGCGCUGCCGGGCUGUAGCUGGGAAAGGGAGGAGCAAGGAGGAGCAGCCCGGUACCGCUGUCAGGAGCGGCAGGAUGAAACGGAACCUCGAAACGACACAAAGGUCGAGCGUUGUCCACUGCCGUGUAAUGCGUUCCGGAACUGCAGCACGUGCGUGAAGCACGACAGCCGCUCGUCCGAGUGUCUGUGGUCGACGCAGCUGAACGAGUGCAUUUCCCAAACGUUCCAGCCGCUGUACUGCUCGGGCGGCAUCUGCGGGCUGGUGGUGAGCCCGAACGAUCCGCAGCACUGUCCGGAACCGUGCGCCAGCUUUACGCAGUGUUCGAGCUGCCUGCGCCACGCGUACUGUGGCUGGUGCUCGCGCAACGGCACGGACGGGGACGGCGUCUGUACGGAGGGGUCGGUCGAUGGGCCGGCGAACCAUCCGGCCGGUGCGACCUGUGCGGCCAUCUAUCAAACGCGCAGCAAAGCGCCCGCCAACACGACGGAACCGUUCGGGUGGAACUACUUCAAGUGCCCGGCGGAGAACGAGUGCGCCAACGGGCAUCACAAUUGCAAUGCCAAGUCGCAGCGCUGCGUCGACCAUCUGCACGGGUACGAGUGUGUCUGUGCGCCGGGGUACAAUUCGUCGAGCCUCGGAGGCGCCGGCAGCGGUGGCGUGUGUGUGCCCGUUUGCAGUCAGGGAUGUGUGCGGGGCACCUGCACCGAACCGGACGUGUGCAGGUGUGACUUUGGGUAUGUCGGAGCGAACUGCAGCAUACAGUGCCAGUGCAACGGGCACUCGAACUGUUCCGGCGCGGACCAGCUGGAUCGUUGCGGCCAGUGCCACAACAACACGAUGGGCGCGCAGUGCGACAAAUGUCUCCCGUUUUACGUCGGCGAUCCGCGCAACGGUGGCACGUGCGUGCCGUGCGUGCAGUACUGCAACGGGCAGACGGAUCUUUGCAUUGCGCGCGAACAGGAAGCGACCAUGCGCAACAUGUCCCGGCAGGAGUUGAAGCGGCUGGUGACGGAGGGCCCGAUGGCGGACGCGAUUUGUCUCGGGUGCGGCAACUACACCGACGGCGAUCAGUGCGAGACGUGUGUGCCCGGGUACUUCCGCAAGUCGGCCACGCCCGGGAAGGCUUGCUCGCCCUGUGAGUGUAACGGGCACGGUGACAUGUGCGAUCCGAUGACGGGCGAGAAGUGUAACUGCGGCAACAACACGGAGAGCGAUAACACGUGCUCGUCGAAGGGCAAGAAUCACGCGUUCAACUGCUGGUCGCUGCAGUGCACCAAGUGUCGCGAUUCGUACUCGGGCCAUCCAAACAAUGGGCACCAGUGCUACAAGCAUAUCACGGUAGAGUCGCGCAUGUGUUUCGACGCGAAAACGAUCGACGAGUGCAAAAUCAAACCACAACCGCUGAAGCCGGGCCAGACGGUAUUUUUCGUGAUCCAGCCGCGCUACAUGAACGUCGACAUUCGCUUCAUCGUGGACGUGACGCAGGGUGAGCUGGAUUUCUACAUGAGCCCCACGGACGAGUCGUUCAUUGUGCACACCAACGCCAGCACCGGCGAUCACGACAUCCUGCUCGACAGUCGGUACGUUUCGUUCCCGCAGCGCGUCGCCGGCCCGACGCUGUGGUCGCCCCUGUCAUCCUCCACCUCGCAGCCGGAUGAGAUGUAUCCGCUGAACAUAAAAUACUCGGAAGAGCCGCUGGCGGGCGAUAAAAGCUCCCCCGUGUGCGGCGGGCUGCUGAACGAGGGCUUCCACGUGACCGACCGGACGGCGCACGAUCUCAUCACGUACGUUACGCUGCGCCAGUGCAAAUCCAUACUGCGCGUGUUUGGCCUUAAGAACCGGCUGGUCGUGACGCUGCCCCACACGGUGCACGCACUCGGCCAGACCAAGUUCUACAUCGCGCUGCGGGCCCGGCCCGGCUCGACCGCCAGCUACGGGCUGGUGUUCUUCCGCCAGGACCAGCUGCACAUCCAUCUGUUUGUGUUCUUUUCCGUGUUUUUCUCGUGCUUCUUCCUGUUUCUGGCGAUCUGUGUGCUGGCGUGGAAAGCGAAACAGGCCGCCGAUAUGCGCCGGGCUCGUCGGCGCCAGGUGGUCGAGAUGCUGCACAUGGCCAAGCGUCCGUUCGGGCGGGUGAACCUAUCGCUCGAAUGCCCGUCGGAGGGUGGCGGCACCACGCCGGCACCGCAGCGGAGGCGUGGCCGAUCGUCGAAACAUUCCACCGGAGGUAGUGAAGGGAGUAGUGCGACCGUAGCACACGCCCACCAUCACCAUCACCAUCACCACCAUCAUCACCAUCAGCAGCAGCAGCAGCAUCAUCAGCAACAGCAUCAGCAAGACGUUGGGCCGAUAGCGCUGGAACCAACGGCGGAUAAUUAUGCCGCCGUCGGGACCGUGUUUGUGCGCCUGCCCGGGAAGCAAAAGGCCCAGAUUACGCUAGCACUCGCCUCGGCGUUGAUCGUGAUGGGAGGUCGCUCAUCGUCCGGUGGCAGCUAUCCGUCCCAUGAGCGAGCGGCCGGUGGCCGGCACCAUCGACGCCGCAGCUCACCCGGCGGGGGAAGCGUGUGCCAAGCAUCGCCACGUCACCAUCCCCUGCACUACUACAAUCAUCAUCAGCAGCAGCAGCAGCAGGCGCAACAGCAUCUCCGAGCAGAACCGGCCGACGUGGUGGGCCCGCUGGCGGAACGGCAACCCUUUAUCGAGGUGCACCACGAGCAGGUGCCGAUGCAACCGCUCGCACAGCAAAACCGCGAGCGGCAGUAAACGAAAUGAAUGGAGGAAGGAAUCUGAAAGCUCUCAAUUAGUGGUACCGCGACCAAGCGACCAAACUCUCGGGAACCGAAAGGGAAGACCUCUUUUGGGCAGAGUGAUUGAGAGUUAAAUAGCAAAUUCUUUGUUAGAUUUUGUUUCUCGGGGGGUUUUUCCCCCGACCCAAACGGGGUAGCAAAUUCGGGUAUUCGGAGGGGGAGCGUUUGCACAGGUAUUAUUAGCUUCAUUUUCUUAUUCGAUUUGCUUAGUAGCAAUGGGAAUGAUUAACAUGCUUUAUGUCCGCCGCAGAUUAGUCCAAUUAGAUUCUGCUUUUCAUCCCACCUUCACCAAUGUACGCCGUGAUCGUGUCUCGAAGGUUCUGUUGAUCUGUUUAAGAGUUUAAGAUAGGGAAGAAGGUAUUACGUUACGAUAGCUUUUUGUGUUUGUUUGCUUUUGCUACUCCCGGUGCACAAAGCGACGAGCGUAUGCAACGUUGCAACGCUAGUUCAAUGAGUUUUGUUUCUUUUAAUUAUUGUUCUAUGUUUUUCGUUCAGUAAUCUCACUGCAAACGCAACAGCACAACUCACUUUUUCACGUGAUUUAUACGGAGGGCUUUUUUUUAGCUUAAACUUAAUUCUAUUUACACUGUUUAAUUAAUGCUAAUAAUAUUGUAGGUGUGAAUUAGUGAAUUUGCCGUGACUGUGCUGCCACCGUCUAUGGCAAGACUCUUGAGCUGAUCUCGUGUGGGGGUAUCUUAAGCCAAACUUGCAAACGGCAACUGCUGCAAGUGGGAGUAGGGUGGGAGGGGUCGUUUUUCGAAAAGACAUUCAUCUAUUGCGUCCUUUGCAGCAAGCCAUUUCGAAUGAUUUUCACGUGUUUGUGUGCAUGUGUGUGUGUGCGUGAGUGUAAUGUGUGUUUGUAUAUGUGUGAAUGUUGCGUGUGAUUCAGCGGCGCGAACGAGAAGGGAAUGAGAACGAGUGCAAUAGAGAAGAUACUUAACAGUUUUAGGUUAAUUGCAAUCAGUUUUAGGGGCAGUGUAUUAUCAUUAAAUAAGCGAAAUAGCGAAACAUAUUAAGCGCAGUACUACUACUACUACUACUGAAUACUAAA